AUUCACAUACGUUUCACAAACACCAUCAUGCCCACCACACGAUCAAAGAAGAGAGUAAGAGAGGAGAGAGAAGCAUAGAAAAGAGAGAGAGAGAGAAACAGGGAUUGAAGCAAGAAUCAAAUGGAGAGUGUAGCAGUGACAUGGAGCAGAGAAGAAGAGAAAUCAUUCGAGAACGCAAUUGCUAUACAUUGUGUAGAAGAAGAGAUAACAGAGGAACAAUGGAGCAAAAUGGCGUCAACGGUUCCAACAAAAACAUUAGAACAAGUAAAGAAACAUUACCAAAUCCUUUUAGAAGACGUGAAGGCAAUAGAGAACGGACAAGUCCCAUUACCUCGUUAUCACAGAACCGGAGACGAAGCUGCAGAAGCUUCUCCUCCGAACAGAGACUGUCAUUCCUCCGGUGGAAGCGGAUCACCGGAGAAGAAACCAAACCACGGAGUCUCCGGGACAAAUGGCGGCGGAAGAAGUAGUUCAAGACAUGAGCAGGAGAGAAGAAAAGGGAUUCCAUGGACAGAAGAAGAGCAUAGGUUGUUUCUGUUGGGUUUGGAGAAAUUUGGGAAGGGAGAUUGGAGAAGCAUCUCAAGGAACUUUGUGAUCACAAGAACACCAACUCAAGUAGCAAGUCAUGCUCAAAAAUACUUCAUCAGGCUUAACUCGAUGAACCGAGAUCGAAGACGGUCUAGCAUUCAUGACAUCACUUCUGUGAACAAUCAAGCUCCUGCGGUUACAGGACAACAACAACAAGUAGCUAAACCUAGACCAGCACAGCCGCAACCGCAUCAUCCGACAAUGGCUGGAGUAGGGAUGUAUGGCAGUGCGCCUGUGGGACAACCGAUCAUCGCACCACCUGAUCAUAUGGGUUCAGCUGUUGGAACACCUGUGAUGCUUCCACCUCCAAUGGGAGCUCAUCAUCAUCAUCAUCAUCAUCCCCAUCAUCUUGGAGUUGCUCCUUAUGCUCUACCGGCUUAUCCGGUUCCACCGAUACCGCAACAACAUCCAACACCAUCGACUAUGCACUGAGUACAAGAGUUAGUGAAAACUGACACUACAUUGUAAUGUAAACUUGUGUACAUUUAUCAAAUUGAAUAGCGGGCAAUAAUGUACAGCAGAGGAAUCUGUUUUUCUCAUUUCAGUGAUCUAUGAUCUUUUAAGGAA